AUGCUCCUCCAACUCUUCAACUCGUUCACCAUCAACAGAACCCACCAUCAAACUCUCGAUCAGAUUCCCAGUCGAGAUUCCUGCCACUUCGAACAUGACCCAACUAGCAUGUCCCUAUCGAUCGUCAUCGUACUCGGAAUACUCGUCUCCUAUCUCCCUCAACACUACCGAAUCAUCUCAUCCAAAUCAUCGGCCGGAAUCAGCCCCUGGUUCUUACUCCUCGGCUCCACCAGCAACACCGGCAGUCUCGUCAACGCCGUCACCCUUCAAUGGGGCCUCGUACGCUGUUGUCAAGUCUUGAGCCCCGGUGAAUGCGCCGAAUCGUUACUCGGAAUCAUUCAAGUCUUCCUCCAAUGGGCCUGUUUCAACGUCAUUUUGAUUCUAUCCUUGAUCUAUUUCCCGCCCGAUCUCAAAUACAGCCGAGUCGUCCCGGUCGAAGCCCGGGAAAGAGCAGUAUCGCCACUGAUGGACCGCGCAACGAACUAUUCAUCCCAAUUCCUAUCCCGCUUCUUCCUCAAACACAACCACCGAUCCACACCCUCAUCCUCUCAUCAAAAACGAAUCCCACCCAACUCAGACUUCGUCUCCUCACACUCUAGCCACGAUAGUCUCGCCAGCAGUCCCUCGACUACCUCAGAGCACAGCACCACCUUCCCCAGCGCGAGCUCCGACUCAUCUGCCUUCGAUCCCUCCAACGUCCUCCCUCCCUCAGCCACCCGGUUCACCCCACUGACCCUCUCCAAGGCAUACACCAUCUCGCUUGUCCUCGCCUUCGUCGUCUUCAUCCACUUCCUCUUCUCCGCCCUUGUCACCCUCGGCCUGCUCCUCCUCCUACCCAAGGCCUCCCUUGGCGAACCUGUCCAGACACCCCCAUCCCAUUCCGCCGAACAUCCCACCGUCAGACUGCUCCGCAUCUGGGCCUCCUCCUCCGGCAUCCUCAGCCUCCUGCUCGCAGCCUGCCAAUACCUCCCUCAGAUCAAGGAAACCUUCCAGGCCAAACUCGUCAAGGCACUCUCCAUCCCGAUGAUGCUCAUCCAGACCCCGGGUAGCUUCCUAUUCGUCUACUCCUUGGCCAUUCGUCCUGGGCUCAACUGGACCACCUGGAUCGUCUACCUCGUCACUGGCAUCUUACAAGGCAUUCUGCUCGUCCUAUGCGUGCUCUGGAAGAUCAAACAACACGCCAACGGGGUGGACGACUGGGGCAAGCCGCUAGCCCGUUCGGCGGGAAGCGCCAAGCGCACCCGCGACGGCUUGCUGGGCUCAGAAGACUACGGCGAAGGACAGGAAGACGGCCCGGGACACUCGGAACGCAGCCCACUCCUCUCCGCUCUCCGAACCCCGUCUACCUUCCUCUCCUCCUCCCCACAAAACAAUCGGGGGACAGGAUCAAACUAA